AUGUUAUUACUAUUAUAUUUUUUACUCGUAAAUGGCGCUUAUGCCAAGCUAGCGAUUAAUUAUGACUCGUUUACGGGAACACCAAUAAGCCUGGAAGAGGUGAAAAGAAGAGAUGAAAGGAACAUAACGUUUUGGUGUACCAAUCAAAUUGAACCCUGCGAUCCAGAAGAGGGAAAACGAGUAGAUGGGUCGUGUAAUAACCUGCGAUAUCCCCAACGAGGUGCACCUCACACGCCCACUUACAGAUUAUUACCCGCUGUCUACGACAAAAAUUUCGAGCCAAAAUUAUCAAAGUCCGGCCAUUCAUUGCCACUGGCGAGGUUCUUGAGGACAAGUCUCCUAGCUGAGGGAAGAUUACCCGAUCAGAAGUUCACAACGCUUGCAACCAACUUCCUAGUUUUUAUGUCGGCAGACGUGCUUUCUAUUCAAGACACAGUUAAGUAUAUCAUUUGGAAGCCGUACUGCUGCCAACGAAAAGGCAAGACGGAUAGAGAUUGCGUUCCAAACAAAAUACCCGAUGAUGAUCCUGUUCAUCGCUUCUCCAACAUAAGAUGUCUGAACUUGACCAGACCUGAAAGUUUUCAAUCUGUCGGUUGCAUCAAAAAUGACACAGUUCCUGAAAGGAUUGUGUCUGCAACACCGGCAUUCGAUCUAUCGCUAUUAUAUGGCACUACAUUACAAUCAUUACUUGAAAAAGGCCGUCUUUUCAAAAGUGGUCUGCUAAAAUAUGAAGUAGAGAGGGGAAGAAUAUGGCCACCUAGUAUAGAAACAGGAAGUGGUCGAUGCUUCUUGAAUCAAAAACCGCAAGAAACCCGAUGUCAUAAUACACCUGAUGACACCAUGAACAGUUUGGCGGGAGUUAAUUUGUUUAGUAUUUGGUUUUGGAGACUUCACAAUUUUAUAGCCACUGGACUAACUAAGAUCAAUCAUUGCUGGGACGAUGACAAGGUGUUUUACACUGCUCGUGAUAUAAAUAUUGCUAUCGCUUCACAAAUAAUUUUAUAUGAGCUAUUGCCCGCCUAUUUUGGUCAUGAAAAUCUAUUAAAAGAUGGAGUACUAUCACCCACGCCUGGAUUCAGAGAUCACUAUAAUGAACACCUCUUCCCUCAAAUAUCACUGGAGUUCCCAUUUGUUUUUCGUUGGUUCCAUACAACGCAGGAAGGAAAUAUGAACUUGUACGACACUCAGGGCAACUAUUUGAAGAAAGUUCCAAUUGUAAACAUAACUCUAAGAACUGGAUUCUUUGGUGUGGACGACAAUAUAGAUUAUGUAACACAAGGAAACUUUAGGCAAGCGACGGGUAAGGCUGACUACAUCGUUGAUCCUGACGUCGCAGAAGUGGGUCUAGGUCCACAGCAACGCGCUACAGAUCUUUUAACGAGCGAUUUGGCGAAGAAUCGGUUAUUUGGUUUCCAGCCGUAUAUUAAAUAUAGAGAAUUUUGUUUCAAACAAUCGUUUAAAAGUUUUGAUGACUUACUUCAAGCUAUUGAUCCAGAGAGAGUCGAACUGCUCAAAGGGGUUUACGAGAACGUGGAAGACAUAGAUCUCAUUGCUGGAAUUUGGCUCGAGAAACUGAUCGAGGGUGGUAAUGUACCACCUACUUUGUACUGUGUUGUGGUGGAACAGUUGCUUAGGACUAUCGCGUCAGACAGACAUUGGUAUGAGCGCCCCAAACGACCGAACGCAUUUACAAAUGAACAACUACAGGAGAUCAGGAAAGCUACGGUGGCGCGCUUGCUGUGUGACGUCGGCGAUAAAGUGACCCACAUACAACGUCAAGCGUUCUACAGGAUAAGCCCAAACAAUCCAUUGUGUGACUGCAAUGACAUUGAUUUUGUUAAUCUCUGGGCGUGGAAGGACCCGACGUGUGGCGAGCAGGGUUCACAAUUUGAUGCAUCCUACAAUACGGCGAAAUUUUUCCAAAACCAGUUCCUGAAAUUAAAAACAAAUGUAUGA